GGGGCUGCAUCGGCUUCUUCCGAGCCAAGCUGAAAGGGUUUGGGUAUCCGGCCUUGUCCGCCCCUACAGCGCCCAGUGGGCGGCCUGGACCCAACUCCCCUGGCCUAGCCGCGCCAAAGGAGUUGCUUCUGACUUUCCUCCGUUUUACUUUCCUUCCCUUCCUGAAGCUGGGUCCUUACGUCCACCACGGCGGAGUCUCCGGACGCCGGAGUCGAAUGUCCUGGAGAGUAACCGGAAGUACUGUGCCCAGGCCUAGGGGCGGCGCCUGCGGCUGCCAGGGAGAGGGAAGAAUUGAGUAUUAAGAAUAGUUCUGAACUAGAGACCUUGUGAAGCCAAAAGGAAGACAAUCUUGAGUCUUUCUUGUUAUGAAUGCUAUUGCCCUUGAGAAAUCACAUUCUAAAGACCAGGAAGUAAAUGUUUUCUUCCAUGUGGGUUCUAGGAAAUAAAGAGUGAAUUUGCCAUAACUGAGAUGAGGUGGAGUAGACCUUGAGUUCAGCCCUGGGGAUUGGAAAUACCAAGUAAGAAAUUAGUAUAUAUGAUGCUGGAAACUCAUGGAAACUUGGAAAUAUCAAGUAAGGAAUUAGGAUAUAUGAUGCUGGAUGCUCGUGACUGAAAGGCCUGAAACAGAUGUAUCUUCCAAAUUCUUAUCAAGAAAAUGACUGUGAAGGCAAUGAUGGGUCAAGAAGACCAGUGGAAAACUCCUUAGGAGAGAGCCAUAGAAAAUGUACACUUCAGAAGAGAAAUGUAAUCAGAGAACUCAAAAAAGGAAAAUAUAUCAUGUAUGCCCUCGGAAGGGUAAAAAGAUUUUUAUUCAUGUGCAUGAGAUUACUCAAAUAGGUGAUCAGAUAUACCAGUGCCUUGAAUGCAAGCAAAACUUCUGUGAAAACUUAGCUCUUAUUAUGUGUGAGAGAACCUACACUGGGGAGAAACCUUAUAGAUGUGAUAUGUGUGAGAAAACCUUUGUCCAAAGCUCAGAUCUUAUUUCACACCAGAGGAUCCACAAUUAUGAGAAACCUUAUAAAUGUAGCAAGUGUGAGAAGAGCUUUUGGCACCACUUAGCCCUUUCAGGACACCAGAGAACACAUGCAGGUAAAAAAUUCUAUACAUGUGACAUUUGUGGCAAGAAUUUUGGUCAGAGUUCUGAUCUGCUUGUCCACCAGCGAAGCCAUACAGGCGAGAAACCCUAUCUAUGUAGUGAGUGUGAUAAAUGCUUUAGUAGAAGUACAAACCUCAUAAGGCACCGAAGAACUCACACAGGUGAAAAACCAUUUAAGUGUCUGGAGUGUGAAAAAGCUUUUAGUGGGAAAUCAGAUCUUAUUAGCCACCAGAGAACUCACACUGGUGAAAGGCCCUACAAAUGUAAUAAGUGUGAAAAAAGUUACCGACACCGUUCAGCCUUCAUUGUACAUAAAAGAGUUCAUACUGGGGAGAAACCCUAUAAGUGUGGUGCCUGUGAAAAAUGCUUUGGGCAGAAAUCAGACCUAAUUGUGCACCAGAGAGUCCACACAGGGGAGAAGCCUUAUAAAUGUUUGGAAUGUAUGAGAAGUUUUACUCGGAGUGCCAAUCUAAUUAGGCACCAGGCAACUCACACUCAUACUUUUAAAUGCCUUGAAUAUGAGAAAAACUUCAACUGUAGCUCAGACCUUAUAGUGCAUCAAAGAAUUCACAUGGAAGAGAAGCCACACCAGUGGUCUGCUUGUGAGAGUGGCUUCCUCUUAGGUAUGGAUUUUGUUGCUCAACAGAAAAUGAGAACUCAGACUGAAGAGCUACAUUAUAAAUACAGUGUAUGUGAUAAGACCUUCCACCAGAGCUCAGCCCUUCUUCAACAUCAGACAGUACACAUUGGUGAAAAACCAUAUAUCUGUAAUAUGAGUGAGAAAGAUAUUGAGCUCAGCCCUCCCCAUGCAUCAGAAGCUUCUCAGAUGUCUUAACCAGACAAAUUAUAAUACCAUAAAAAUGUAUUUACAUGUCAGAGAACUCAUUAAGAUGAAGACCCCUAGGGAAAUCUCAGACUUAUCACAGAGCUCAGAAUUCAGUGGGAACCAGAAACCCUACAAUUGUGGGAAAUAUGAGAAGUGCUUGCCCAGAGAGCUGCCCUAACAGAAUACCUUAUCAUUUACUCUAAUGACAAACUCUACAGAUGCCUGGAGUUUUAGAAAAACUUCAUCACUCAUAAGAGGAGUCAGCACAGGUGAGAAAUCUUACAAAUGCAGUGAGAUUAGAGAGCUUGCUAGCAAAGUUCUGUCCGCCUCAUUGUAAGAGAAUUCACAUCAGAGAACAACUUCUAAAAUGCCUUCUGUGUCAACAGUGCUUCAGACAAUAUGCACAUCUCAUUGGACUUCAGAAAAGCUACCCUGGGAAGAAAGUCCACCAACUGUGAAAAAAGCUUCUAAACAGAACUCUAUCUGACCCAUUAGAGAAGCCAUACUGGUGAAAAAUUGUAUAUUUGUCUCAAGUGUGGCAAAAGCAUUAGUCGGAGAGCCUUAGUGGGAUUUGCACCUCCCCCUCAAAGAAAAAGUCUGAGGAAAGACUUUUAACAAGUGUCUGAAUGAAAGAAACUUGUCAGUGAUCAGCUCUUGUGGUACAUCAGGGAACUCACAUAAGUGAAAAACCCUGUAAAUACCUUGAGUCUGAAAAAAGCUUUGCUAGAAGCUCCUAUCUUAUUGGGCCCCAAAGAACCCUUUCUGCUAAGAAGUUUGCUCUAGUGAUAGAGUCGAUUCUGAGUGAGAAUCUGUGUACAUAAAAUAUGUAUGAGAAGAACUGUUCUCAUAGUUGACCCAUAUAGUAGAAAUGACUUGAAAUGGACUCAGUAUGGUAAUAGAUUUUGUAGAUACCCAGAAGCUUGUUCUGGGAGGAGGUAGGGCAGGUCAGAGUAGACCUGAUGGGUAACUCAGGUAAAGAUGCUUUUCUUUUAUCUGAACCACUUAAUUAUUGCUUUACUUUCACUUUUUUAAAUUCAAAAAUCCAAUAAAGGGAAGGACUGUAACCUUGUGAUAGGUGUGACAUGUGUUACUGUUGGGGGAAAGGAGUAUAUUGACUUUGCCUCUUUUUGUUUUUUUGCCCUUCGCUAGAAUGUAAUUAGUGUAUCAGUGGUAACAUUGAAAUUUUUUGUAGAACAAAAAGGCUAAGGAGAAGUUAUCCUAGAUUAAAACUCUCUCAAUAGUCUCCCCUUUGCAGGACCAGCCCCAUAAAGAAGCAAAAUACUCAGCUUUUUACUUAGUAUGAGUUGAAGUAAAUCCUUGAAAAUUUCCUUUCCCCUCAAAUAUCUUUCAUGUUAUAAAUGGUAUUUGAAAUUUUGAUUUUAGAGAUUUUUUUCUUCAAAAUGCAAAUUCCAGGAUAAUGAUGAUAAUGUUGUUAGCAUCCGUAUUUUUGUGACUUCACCUACCAUCUCUUUCGGUGAUAGACACCCACAGUAAGCUCCUAGCAAAAUGGCUAGGGAAAGACUGAAAUAAAGUUUAAGCCUGAGUGGGCACAGUAAGAAACACAUGCUGAUGCACUAUUAGUAGAAAAACAAGACUAUUAUUACGAUUUUGAGUGACUCCAAACCUGGUAUUCUUUUCACUCCAUCAUCUUGCUGUUUAUAGCAAUUCAAGGCCCCCUAAUGAUACAUCUUUCAUUAAUUUUGCUUCUGCCAAGGAAAGACAGAAUACUUUUUACACAGGGAAAGGACUGCAAUAACCACAGUACAAGGUGUAUAUUCUAAAUGCUACAAGGGAAAAGUAGUUGGCAGAGUGACAAGAGAUUUAAAGAUAAGCACUUCAGUUUAAUUGGGAUAAAUAUGAUGGUCUUUAACAUUGUCCGGAAUUACUAAUAAUUCUAGGGAUCUAUCCGUCACUUCUUAGUUUUUUUCUUCCCUCAGAUUAAAAGACAUUUCAUACAAGUUAUUUAGAUUCCUACAGUAUUCAGAACUCUGUAGAUUGGAUGAAUAAAUAUUUUGUUAGUUUGAAUUCUCUGGUUUGGGUUUGAUUUAUCUUAGCAGAUCCCUAAACUCCAGAGACCACUGCAUUUGGAUUCAUGGAGUUGAGCAACUGCUACACUGCUACUUUAUGUAUAGCUCUUAAGAUUUGAUCCUCAUAAUUCAUUUUUGAUAAUCAUGAUAAUCUUAGACUCAGUGAAUAUUAGCUUAUAGUGAUAAUAAGGAAUCUGAUUCUAGGGUACUUUUUUCUUUUAGAAAACAGAUCCUGGAAGUUUAUUUGAUCUGACAUGUUUCAGUAAUUUUUAAAAAUAGCUCUUGUACCAUGAAAAGUUGCCCAUUGUGAUAAACCACACAAGAUGUAUUAUUUUUCUUUUUAGUGAAAAUCAUGCCUAUCACUGGUAUAUGUUUCACAAUUGUAAUACUUAAAAUAGUAUUGGGUGUCAGGCAUGGUGGUGAUGAAACUUAGUCCUAUGGCUACUUGUUAAUCAUUAGAGAACUUGGAGAAGGGAACAAAGUUGGUAUCAUUAGCAGGGCAGUGACUUGCCCCCUCUUUCAACUAAUCUUACUGGUAAUUGUUUCUAGUCUUUAAUUAAUGAUGGACUAGCCCUCAAACAGAGAACUUUGGGGGUAUGAAAUAGGUCUGAGGGCUUUUAACCAUGGGAGAAAAAGGUGUUGGUAUUAUUCAUAUGUUAAUAGCAUGACCUGAGGUUGGAGAGGACCACUUGGGAGCCUGUAGCCAAAACUAGAAGGUAACUUCUGGAAUGGAUGGAGGUUCCCUUUAAGCAGUGCCAACCUAAAUCUACCUCAGGUAAGUAGUUAAGUAACUUUUUCAAGAUUUCAGACCAAACAAGACAACUUGUAUUCUGUUGAUGUAUUCCUAUACUUUAAUGUUUUUGUUUGCCCUUAAUUCUUAAAUAAACAUUUGUUCUGAAAAACU